GGAAGCUCAAACCAAAAAGAGCGCCUUGAUUAAAAGUGAAGACGUUACCUGAAGUGUCCUCCUCAUCACUGUGACCAUGAGUUUCUGCCCUGGUCCGUCCGGUCCACCCGGGUGCACCAGUAUCCAGGAGCAGAGGGACCGCUGGGACAGAAAACGCAGCCGAACAGCCAGAGAGUUGGUGCAGACGGAACAACGCUACUGCCAACAGCUGGAGCUGGUCACCACUUACUUUGUGGAAAUCUUGAAGGCCAAAGGAACCCUGAAGCAGGACAUUAGAGAAAGCAUCUUCAGUUCAAUUAAAGCCAUUCAUUCCAUGAACCAAUCUCUGCUGGUCCAUUUGGAGAAUGGCUACUUUGGCCGAGGCUUCGAGCAGAUGUGUCCACAGCUGCACCACUACAACUCAUACGUGGACAACAUUUAUAAUGCUCGCAAAGUGCUCGGGAUCCAGCUGAAGAAAAACAAGGCCUUCAGACGUUUUAAGAAACUACAGGAGGCCCGACCAGAGUUCAACAACCAGAAGUUAGAGGACUUACUUCAACUUCCUGUUCAGCGAGUUGAUCAGUAUAAACAUUUCCUGCAGGACCUGGCUGCCAACACAAGUCCAGACAACCCAGAGUUCCAGCAGCUUUCAAGGGCGGUGACUGUGAUAUGCGAGGUGUCCCAGCGAAUCCAGAACAAUAGCCGGCGCCAUGAGAACCACCUGCAGCUGUGCCGGGUGCAGAAACUGCUGAAGGGGCGAAAGACGAAGGUGUUGGCUGCAGGGAGGUGGUACAUCCGCGAGGGCUGGCUGAAGGUGGUUCCUACUAAAGGUGCGGAUGCUAAGCCCAAGAUGUUCUUCCUGUUCUCUGACAUGCUGCUGCAGGCCAAGCGCUGCGGCCCGCUAGAAUACACCAACAGAGACAAGUUCGCCGGCCAGCACGCCUACCCCCUGCAGGACUGCACUGUGGAGAAGGUGUUUGGCCACACCAGGAGCCAGGGAGGCCUGCUCAGUUUAACCUUCCCAAAGGCCAAACUCCUGCUGAUGUCCUGCAACCAGGAGGAUCUCAAUGACUGGUACCAAAGCCUGAGCUCAGCUAUCAGGAAGCUGCAGUCUAAGCAGACAGUCAUCCAUCAAAGAGAUGAGUUGUGCCGGAGACCCCUCCGAUCAGCAGCCGACAGCCACAACAUGCCAAGCAGCAGCAGCAGCAGCAGCAGUAGUGGUAACCCCAGCAGGAAGAGAAACAUGGUGAAUGCUGAGAGCAGUGAGCACGCUCAGAUGCCUCCAGUUGAGUGGGAGAGCAGCGCCCCCAAGAGGAUGAAGCAGACUGAUGCUCCAGAGCAAAGCAGUGCAGAGACGUCCACUUCCAGCUGUGUGAUCCUCUGAUGGACUUCUUCUUCUUCUUCUUCUUCAGACCGUCUGAAUGGAGUUCAGUCUGAUGGUGAUGAUGGAUCCUGCACAGUCUUUCUGAGAGUUUCACUUCAGACUGACUUUUGUGUUCCAUUCAGUUUACCCAAAGGUGACACAUGUUUAACACACAUUACUAUGGGAGUCUUCUGCUUUUCCAGUGCAAUAUAAUCUAUCAUGAUGUGCUGCUUUAAAGACCAAAUAUCUGAUGAAUGAAUGUUUCACUGUGAGUUGUAUGCUGCUGCUGCUGCCUGUCUCCACUUCAAAUGUUCUAACACCAAUUCAGCAAUGUUUAUGAGUACACUUCUGGGAGUCCUUUUCCCGGUCGGUACCUGAAUGCACCUCUCCACCAUUCUUUUUAGUCAGGCUGCAUUUACAGGCAGACUCUAAAGAAGGGAGAGCUUAUAAAUACAAUCUAUUUGGACAGGCUCCAUAAUAAACUCUACAUACAACAGCAUAAUAUUCAGUUUAUUCCAGGUGGACCAUGGGGCUUGGACGAGGUCCUAUUUUUAAAAAGUCGGUGUAAAAAAAAACGGGCCAGCGACAAUUUAGGCCUCACAGCUGUAAAGCCUUUCACUCUCUAAAAAUCCAGUCACAUAACAGAAACAGUCACACGUCUGAUUCUGUCAAAUCAGCUUGUCUCACUGACGGAGGCAAAACAAAACUUUAUUUACAGCAGUCAUGCUACAUUCAUGUCAUAUUGUAUUUACCACAAUGACCAGGGUCAGUCUUGGAAAUAAUUAUUGCAACAUCUAAGUGGUAAACAUGUAUGAAGCUACAACAUGGCCAGUAUUAAAUACAUUCAAUAAAAAUGAUGAAACUAUAUAGUAUUAAACUUAGUGAAAUUAGUCAUCUUGUGAAUGAAUAGAGCCAAUUAUAGAGUAUCUGGAGAAAACAUUUAUUCUGAAUAAACAAUGAUUAAAACUCAAAUUAUUAUUAUGAAAUGUUAUUUCUCUUUUAAUUUUAGUCUUUUUGGAGUUAAUUUUAUCUUCUUUUUUCAAAUGACAAUUUUCAAAGUUAGAUAUAAAAAAAUCAGAAUAAUGAAAUAAUAACAAUAAGUUUAGUGGUAUUAAUCUGUUUAUUUCAUAUGUAUAUGAUUAUGUAUUUCAUGAUGCCCUCUUUUUUAUUUAAUAUUGGUCAUUAUAAUGUUUCAUUGAUAUGACUGGGAAUGUAUUUGUCCAACUUUAUUUGGAUGUUUCAUGCCAGCCAGAGUCCAACAUUUAAGCCAACUGAUCCCUAAUUGAUUAAUAAUCACACUACUGGUCCAAUUUCAGCACACUGUUGGAUAACUGCUCAUUCAGUGUACACUCCUCUUUAUAACACUGCCAGUCUUCAUCUGAGUUUAUCCCACUGUUUCUAUGCUAUUGUGUUUCCAUGACAUGAGCAUGUCAGUGCUGCUGACUCAACCACGUCACAUUAUAGGGAAACUUUGGGGAUAUUUCUCCAGGUUUUUGUAUCUAAGUGACUAAUGGAGUUUUUGACAUUCUCAAGUAUGAAGAGAGAGCGCUGUAGCAGCAACAGCAGCAAAACAAGCUAAUUUAAGUUUACUGUCCACUAAAAGUGUUUGUUCUCCCCACUGACUGGAUCAAACUGUUAUUAUGAGUGACUGACAACAUUACAGAAAGGAUCUCUGCAGAGAAAUUGAACAUUGCUUCAUACCUUUCGCUGAUCUGUUAUUGUGACCAAGUCACGAUCACAAAGAGAAGUCUGAAAUCUAACGAGAGGUGACUUAUUGCAGGAAAAACAGUGGUGGUAUGGCGGCACGGUAGUGCAGUGGUUAGCAUUGUCGCCUCACAGCAAGAGGGUUUCUGCUUCGAGUCCAGGUUAGGGGAGCCCUUCUGUGCGGAGUUUGCAUGUUCUCCCUGUGUUAGCAUGGGUUUACCCCGGGUGCUCAGGCUUCCUUCCACAGCUCAAAGACAUGCAGGUUAAUUGGUGACUCUUAGUUGUACAUAGGUGUGAAUGUGAGUGUGUCUCUAUGUGUCAGCCCUGUGAUAGUCUGGCGACCUGUCCAGGGUGUACCCUGCCUCUCACCCAAUGUCAGCUGGGAUAGGCUUCAGCCCCCAGCGACCCCCAACAGGAAACAAUCUGAACCUGUCAGUGACAAAAACAAGCACUUUUAGUGGACGUAAGCUGAUGGUGCAGAAUUCCCUGUAGAGAUUACAUUGCAGCCUGUGUUGCUGCUGUGGCUGCUGCGGUCUCUCUCAAUACCGGGCCAGUUUCAAAAACCUGCAAUCUCGAAUAGUCUCUCAGACACAAAAACAUGGGAAAAUAGAGUCCAGGGUGAGUUUCCUUGUGGUGUCUGCUCUAACUAGCUCCUUCACACAGCCUUAUUGCCUCACAGAAACAUGAUCAUCUGUUCAAAUGUAUAAUUCUUGGAAUUUUUAGAAUGUUUAGUGUUUGUUUGGCAUAUAUAGAUUAGUUAUUCAUAGCUUUUACAUGGGAGACACUGUGGGGAAUUAUUAUUAUUAUUAUUAUUAUUAUUAAUGGGAUGUGUGCAUUUAAUGAGCGGCACCAUAUUCUGCAGUACAAUGACUGAUUUCUGUGAAGUAUCUGUAUCCAGGCAAGAAAACCUGGUUAACAGAUGUAAAGUUCUAUAUGCUAUAUGCAUUACAUCAUGUCUUUUCUCCUACAUUGUAUCCUGUAAACAUAUUCUUUAUUUACUAAUCAACAAAUAUUUGCUUCUCACCUGCAAAAUACUACAUAUAUUUUAUUAGCACUGUUUGUGCAUUUUUAAGCUUUGUAUGUAUCUUACAAAUCAUUUUAUUCUAUUUUUAAACCCUUUUUGCUACCUGAAGCUGUUACACUGGUUAUAAAUCAUGAAUGGAGAUGGAAAUCAUUUAAAUUUCCCAAUAAAACUCUUA